AUGAAGAUUUCAAUUCUUGCUCAUUUUGUUGUCUUUUUUCUACUUUUGUCCAACUAUCAAACGCAUUCUGCAGGGGAUAAACAAUCCUACAUAGUUUAUAUGGGAGAACAUGAAUCCACGGCAGCAGACUCUAUAUUGGGUGUCAUCGGAUCGGUUUUUAACUUACACUUAAAUUUUCUUGCAUCAAUAUUUCCACAUGUUGAAGAGAUCAAAGAUCUAUUGGUUUAUUCUUACCAUAAUGUCAUCAAUGGUUUCGUUGCCAUGCUGGACGACGAACAAGCUGAGUUCCUUGCAAAUCAUACUAGUGUUGUAUCGGUCUUAAAGAACACUCGGAGAGAAAUGGAGACAACACAUUCAUGGGAUUUUCUUGGACUAGAGACCAAGGAAGAUGCUGAUAGUCUUCUUCCCCUAAAACAACUUGACUUUGCAAAUAAACAUAUCAAAGGUAAAUUUGGAAAUUGGGGUUUACCAAAUUUUGGACAACAAACUUCUGACGACUCACUUUGGGUUAAGACCAAUUAUGGUGACGAUCUCAUUAUUGGAGUUAUUGAUAGUGGUAUUUGGCCAGAAGCGCCUAGUUUCAAUGACGAUGGGCUUGGGCCUAUACCUACUAAGUGGACCGGUACUUGUGAGAAGUCAGGCAAUAUGGUUUGCAACAGAUUGGGCAUUUUCAGAAAGCUUAUAGGAGCAAAGUCCUUCUUCCAAGGCUAUGAAGCUGAAGUAGGGCAUAUGAAUGUAUCAUUAAUCACUGCCCGUGACAACCAAGGCCACGGAACCCACACUUCAUCCAUAGCCGCCGGUAGCUACGUUCCGAACGUUAAUGUAUUCGGUAUCGGCAAUGGAACUGCAAAAGGCGGAGCACCAAAAGCUCGCAUCGCGGUUUAUAAGGUAUGUUGGCCAUCGCAAAAUGAUACGGGCGGUUGCUUUGAUGCGGAUAUCUUGGCGGCUUUCGAUGCUGCUAUAUAUGAAGGAGUUGAUGUAAUUUCUAUCUCGCUUGGCGGGUCGGGUACUGAAAUGUAUAUGGACGCCACUGCGUUAGGAUCGUAUCAUGCUGCGAAUCGAGGCAUUGUUGUUGUUAGUUCCGCCGGUAACGACGGACAACCGAAUAGUGUGAAAAAUGUGGCGCCCUGGAUGAUAACGGUUGGUGCUAGUACAACUGACCGUGAUUUCUCAACUUAUGUUAACCUUGGCAACAACAUGACUAUAAAGGGAAAAAGUCUUUCAGAUAAAGUCUUACCGGCUGGACAAUAUUAUCCACUGAUUAGAGGCGCAGAUGCAAAAACUGAUGCCGCAACAGCUAUUGAUGGUGACCUAUGCAAGGGCGGUGCACUUGAUCCGAAGAAAGUGAACGGAAAGAUUUUAGUUUGCCUUCGAGGGCAAACGGAAAGAGUGAGGAAAGGAUAUGAAGCUGCAGCAGCCGGUGCUGUCGGGAUGAUAUUGAUCAACGAUGAACAAAAUGGCAAUCAAACUUUGGCUGAAUCUCAUCUUCUUCCGGCCUCCCACAUUGGAUUCGCUAGCGGUCAACUUGUUUAUGCCUAUAUCGAUUCCGCUAAAUAUAAUGCUAUUGCAUAUAUUAAUCCUUUAAAGAUAGAAUAUGGAACAGACCCAGCUCCACAAAUGGCGAGCUUCACAUCCAGAGGACCUAAUCCAUUUGAACUAGCAAUUCUUAAGCCGGACAUCACUGCACCGGGAGUCGAUAUAAUUGCUGCUUACCCUAAGUCGUUAUCCCCGUCUGAAUUGGAAUCGGAUCCUCGUCGGUUUGAUUUCAAUGUCAUGUCUGGAACUUCAAUGUCAUGUCCUCAUAUUACUGCAAUUGCUGCCCUCAUCAAAGCAGUCCACCCUAAUUGGAGCCCCGCUGCCAUAAAAUCUGCAAUCAUGACUACUGCAACAACACAAGGGAACAACAACAUGCCAAUACUUGAUUCAACAGGCUUACCAGCAACACCAUUUGCAUAUGGCUCCGGACAUGUCCGAGCGGAUCUUGCAGUAGAUCCCGGCCUAGUUUACGAUCUGACUCCUUUAGAUUACCAAGAUUUUUUCUGUAAUCGCGGCUCGUAUCCACUUAUAACAAGAACAACGUCAAGUAAAAUUCCAUUGCCACCAUGCGGAAUGCAUUCAUUUAGUGUCGCAAACUUCAAUUACCCUUCGAUCUCAGUUCCUAAUGUUAAUGUAGUAAGUACGGUUACUCGCAAAGUUAAGAAUGUCGGAACUCCGGCCACUUAUACUGCUCGAGUCGAGGCACCGCCCGGAAUUGCAGUUACGGUUGAACCUGAAACUCUUAUAUUUUCUGGGAUUGGCGAAGAGCAAACAUUUACCGUUUCUUUCAAGCCUAUUGUUAGAGGAUUGCCUAAAGAUUUUGUGUUUGGACGGUUGACAUGGUCUGAUGGUACACAUAAUGUUUCUAGUCCGCUUGUUGUCAAACAUGCUUAGAUAUAAUUUUGUACGGCUUAAAAAUAAAUAUUUCAUUUAUUUUUAUUUUUUGAAUAUCAAUGUCUCCGUGUAUGAGAGAUCUCGAUUCGAAUCCC